AUGGGACAAUUUCUUUCUCAAUGUACUAGUCAUUUUUUUGCUGACGACGUCGCAGCUAUACUUGGAGGUCAUUUAGGAGUACGAUACACAAAUCAAUGUAUUGAUCUUGAAAAACGUAUGAAAUCUUUUCUUGAUUCACUCGAAUAUUAUUCUUGUUUAGCUGACCAGCUAUUAAAUAGGACUAAAACCGAAGCUAUGUUUAGUGCUCGUGCAAUGGGGUCCCCAAACUUCAACAUUACAUUUGAUAAUGGUGAUGAUAAAUGUAUUAAUUGGAAACAGGAGUAA